UGCGGAGGCCACGGAAGUAUCAAAGGAUGUUUACUCCAAACUUUGCAGAAAGGUCUUCUUCCGGUCUCUUUGCGCUCUCCUUACAGCAAUAUGGAUGUUGGCAACGCGACAAGUGUGGAUGACCAAUUGGGGUCGGCGUUUGCAGUAUUGGAGAGUAGCCUCAUCGUGCAGUGUAUCGUGGCGAUUGCUGUGAUAUGCAUUUGCACCCGGAUAUGGUCGUCGCACGUCUUCAGAUCCAUCAGGUACGGCAAGGGGCACGAUGUCCUGCCACCAACACUGCCGUAUUGGAUACCUGGGCUCAGACAUGCUCUAUCUAUGGCCUAUGAUUCGCAUGGUUUUCUCGCCCAAUGUCUGAACCAAUAUGGUGACGGCUCGCCCUUCUUCCUCGACGGUGCAGGCGAAAGACUACUCUUCAUCCUCGAUCCCGAGCACAUCAAAGGCGCACUCAACAGCUCCGCCGAACUAGACCCCAACCCCUUCAUCCACGACAAGAUUAUGGGCGCACUGAUGAGCAGUCCCAAAGCCGCUAUUGACUACUACAACUCCCCAGAAAGCAACACAGACUACAUCCAAACCACGCACAUCCGCCAGCACACCACCGGGACGAACCUCGGUCUCCUCGUCCAACGCCUCUUCGACGUUAUGAAGCGCACCAUCUCCGAAACCCUCGCCUCGACCCCUGAUGGCACCUGGCACGAAAUUCCUGACCUGUACGCCUUCCUCGAAUACCACCUUUCGUACGGAAUAACCGAGACCCUCCUUGGCACCUCCAUCAUCGAGUCUUACCCAGAAAUCAUAACAGACCUCUGGAUCCACAUCGAAGCCACGGAUCAAUUCUUCAUGAGCCUCCCCCGCUUCGUCAUUCCGAAAGCAUACGCCGCCCGUGACCGCCUCCUCUCCGCAAUCCGCAAAUGGACCAUCAAGUCCGAGGCUCUGCGUCAAGCCAACGCUGUGAACACUGUGUGGGACCCCGUCGCGGGGAGUGGUCUACUACAAGAAAGAGAGAAACUGUACAGUGAAAUGCCUGGCCACGGUAUCGAGGGCCGGUCCGCUCAAACUCUCGGCUUACUCUACGGCGGAACCAGCCUAACUGUGCCAGUCACAUUCUGGUAUCUGUUUGAAACGCUGCGGAACACUGAACUACAACAACGUGUGUUGUCUGAGAUGAAGGACCACGCGAAUGAGGAGACAAAGGGCUAUAACUUCAUGCAACUCACCUCCCGCCCCCUUUUCCAGAGCCUCCACGCCGAGACAACGCGAAUGUAUAGUUCCAAUCUGGCAGUUAGGGAGGUCACGAGUGAGACGUGGAAGUUGGACGGAAAAUACAGUGUACCAAAAGGCACCCAGGUCUUCAUCAGUCAUAAGUUCGCGGGACAGUUUACGCAGGGGUGGAAAAGCAUACGGCCUCAAACUGUUGCCCAACCUCUAGAUACAUUUUGGCCGGACCGGUUUCUCGUCAAUGCUAGUGCUUCAGACGACAAGACUGGGAAAAGAGAAAAAUUUAGCGACGCAGGCCUGAGCGGAAGUUGGACUAGCUUGGGCGGCGGAGAGCACAAAUGUCCCGGUAGGCAUUUUGCACGCAACAUAGGGAUUGUGACGUUGGCGGUGUUGAUGGGCGUGUUUGAGAUCGAAGUGGCUGAUCUGGAGAGUGCGAGGAGAUUGGAUCCGGAGAACAAGAAGAAGGCGUUUGGCACGAUGAGGCCGAAGAGAAAGAUUGCGGCGAGGAUUAGGCGGAGGGUUUAGGAGGGUUUGGAAUAAAAUUCUGGGUUGGAGUAUGCAUAACCUUUGACACUGUUGAUUUGGUACAGUUUGAUACGUUGUAGACGGCUCGCGUCUU